CAGGCCCUGCCUUCCUGUCAUCAGUAUCUAUUUUUUUCUCACAGCAUAUUGAACAAUGCGAAGAAGCUCCUGGAGCUUAUUUUUGUUGUAAAUAUAAGUUCAGAAGACUAUGAAAAGAAUGGGAAAUUUUGGGCGUAGUUCUAGAAAACCAAACGAGACUAUGAAGAUUAUCAUAACAACUUUUGUUGGAGUUGUUUUUGGCUUCUUGAUAGGAGUGUCAUUUCCAACCCUUGCGCUUGUUAAGCUGAAUCUCCUACCUGGGCUUCUUCCAUACAUUGAUUUCCCACAGAUAGGUGACCAAAAAUCUGUCAACUCAACCCAAAACAGCUCAUCUGAAACUCAAAACUUGAAGGAUGUAACAAAGAUUUGGGUACCAGAAAACCCCCGAGGUGCAGAAAGACUUCCCCCAGGCAUUGUUGCAUCUGAGUCUGACUUCUACCUCCGGAGAUUGUGGGGCAAGCCCAGUGAGGACUUGACAAUCAGACAGAAGUAUCUUGUGACCUUUACUGUUGGUUAUGGUCAGAUAAAUAAUAUUGAUGCAGCUGUCAAAAAGUUCUCAGAUAACUUUACAAUCCUUCUAUUUCAUUACGAUGGCCGAACAACUGAAUGGGAUGAGUUUGAGUGGUCUAAACGGGCUAUUCAUGUGAGUGUUCGGAAGCAAACAAAAUGGUGGUAUGCCAAAAGAUUUCUGCAUCCCGACAUUGUUGUGCCUUAUGACUAUGUAUUUAUCUGGGAUGAAGACCUUGGGGUAGAGCAUUUUGAUGCUGAAGAAUACAUAAAGCUUGUGAGGAAGCAUGGCUUGGAGAUUUCACAGCCUGGUUUGGAACCUAGCAGGGGAGCCACAUGGCAAAUGACGAAGAAAAGAGGUGAUGGUGAAGUUCACAAAGAAACAGAGGAAAAACCAGGCUGGUGCUCUGACCCACAUUUGCCUCCCUGUGCAGGAUUUGUGGAGAUCAUGGCUCCUGUGUUCUCUCGAGAUGCAUGGCGCUGUGUGUGGCAUAUGAUUCAGAAUGAUUUGGUCCAUGGAUGGGGUCUUGACUUUGCCCUUCGGAAAUGUGUUGAGCCUGCUCAUGAGAAAAUUGGAGUUGUAGAUUCUCAGUGGAUCGUUCAUCAAACUGUACCUUCUCUUGGGAACCAGGGGAAAGCAGAGGAUGGGAAGGCACCAUGGCAAGGAGUGAGAGAGAGGUGUAGAAGAGAAUGGACGAUGUUUCAGGCUCGGGUAUCAAAUGCAGAAAAAGUUUAUUACAAAUCAAUGGGAAUUGAUCCUGCCAAUAUUACAGCGUAGAUAACAGAUAGUUGACUGUAUGCAGGCACCACCAUUACUGUUAUUAUGAGUUUUACUGCUAAAUAUCCAUUAUUAUAAUAAUAAAGGUUUUUUUUUUCUCGAUAAUAACACCAUUAUUCGGGCAUAGUGUAAAACACAUCUUAAAGUUUUCUCAAGGGUAACAUCUGUUGACAAAGUGGUGUCGAUUUUACUUGGG